UGUCCUGAGGGAAAAACUAGAAGAGAAUCUGAUAAUGAUUUCUUUCUGUCUUGACUUUUGGUUCAAAAACAGGGAUGUUGUGGAAACACAAGAGCAUUAUAAGAGCAGGUGGCGAUCCAUCUGGAUUAUGUAUCUUACUAUGUUUCUCAGUAGUGUAGGUUUCUCAAUUGUAAUUAUGUCUGUCUGGCCAUAUCUCCAAAAGAUUGAUCCGACAGCAGAUGCGAGUUUCUUGGGCUGGAUUAUAGCUUCAUAUAGCAUUGGCCAAAUGGUUGCCUCUCCCCUGUUCGGCUUGUGGUCCAAUUACAGGCCGAGGAGAGAACCUCUCGUUGUUUCAACUGCUAUUUCAGUAGCUGCUAACUGUCUUUAUGCCUACGUCCAUGUACCUCAUUCACACAACAAAUACUACAUGCUGACUGCACGUGCUCUCGUGGGAUUUGGAGCAGGAAACGUGGCUGUAGUUCGAUCAUAUAUUGCAGGUGCCACUUCUCUUACGGAAAGAACAAGUGCCAUGGCCAAUACCAGUGCCUGCCAAGCAGUUGGCUUCAUAUUAGGACCAGUUUUUCAGACAUGUUUUACACUUAUUGGAGAAGAAGGAAUAACAUGGAAAUUAAUUGAUCUUCAGCUGAACAUGUAUACAACACCAGUCUUAUUUGGAGCUCUCUUAGGACUUAUUAAUAUUAUUCUCAUCUUUGCCAUAUUCAGAGAGCAUCGAGUGGAUGACGUGGGACGGCAAUGCAAAAGUAUCAAUUUUGAAGGAGAAGAAAGCGGUGAUCUGGAUCAGGACAUAGAAGGAAACAUAGACCAUGUUGCUGUGGUAGCAAUCAAUUUUCUUUUCUUUGUCAUCUUGUUCGUGUUUGCUGUCUUUGAAACUAUAGCUACUCCGUUGACAAUGGAUAUGUAUUCCUGGACCAGGAAGGAAGCCGUUUUUUAUAAUGGAAUAAUCCUUAGUGUGGUUGGCAUUGAAUCGGUUAUUGUUUUCAUGGUGGUUAAAAUGCUAUCUAAAAAGACUGGUGAGCGUGCCAUACUUCAUGGAGGCUUAAUGAUUGUCUUGGUUGGAUUCUUUAUCUUACUGCCUUGGGGGAAAAAACUACCAAAUAUCCAAUGGGAAGAAAUAAAGAACAACUCUAUUCCCAGGACAACUUCCACUGAAAUGUUAAUGCCUUUCUGGAGUUUGCAAGCAAUGCAGCUUCCAUCCAACCACACAGUGGAACCCGUAGGCUGCCCUGUCACACAGUCUUGGUGCCUGAAUACUCCUAUGAUCUAUCUGGCCCAGUAUAUCAGCUCUGACAUACUGAUAGGAUUGGGCUAUCCCGUUUGUAAUGUCAUGUCCUACACUUUAUACUCAAAAAUUCUAGGACCGAAGCCUCAGGGUGUCUACAUGGGAUGGUUAACUGCUUCUGGAAGUGGAGCACGAAUUCUUGGGCCUGUUUUUGUGAGCCAAAUAUACACUCACCUGGGACCACGUUGGGCAUUUAGCUUAAUCUGUGGAGUAGUUGUAGUCUCUCUCUUGCUCUUGGAGAUAGUAUACAAGAGACUAAUUGCAUUUUCUGUCAGAUACGGAAGGAUACGAGAAGAGAACUGUUAAAUAUGUUUGUUUUUUUUUUUUAAAAAAAAAGUAAAACCAACCAGAAAUAGUACUUAGUUUAUUACUGCUUUUUAAUGAGGAGUA